AUGUCCAAAUUUAAAAAUCGAAAUAUAAAAACGAUACCUCAACAUUUAAUUGAGGAAUAUUACUUUAGUAAAGCUAAUGAUUCAAAUUUAAAUGAAGAAGAUUGUUUUGGUGAAAGUGUAAAAAUACAAAAUUCACGUUCAACCUUAUCCAGCUGUGAUGAGAAAUUGGAAUCGUUUAUCUUUUGCAAUGACAGGGUGAAUAAUGUUAGUUCUUCAAGUUCUUUGAGUUGGUCAGAUUUGGAAUUCGAAGAUGGAGGUUCUAAAAUACUCGAAGAGCUUAAAAAAAUUGAUAGGGUAUUAAAAAGAAUUGACCCUGUACCUUCUCAUUAUGACAAAGAUGAGUUUAAGCAGUGGAUGGAUAUAUUCCCCAAUAUAAGCAUUUUUGAUGAUGUAAAUACUAAUCCUAAAAGCAGUUUGCAAGCAAAAUACUGUGAUAAACCAAUUACCAAUGAGGCAAAGCCACAUACUGUGAUAAUUAAAAUGAAUAACACACAUGAUCUGGAACCCACACCUACAAGUAGAAGAUUUCAAAGUAGAUUUAGUGGUCAAAAAAGUAUAUUUACAUAUUCCAAUAAUCCAAAAACCAUAAAUAUUAAGGAUUAUUUAAAAAUAUCACCAAUGAAACAUAAGUUUAUUGAAAAAACUCAGUUUUUUAAUGGUAACACUUUUACAUCCCUACCAUUUUUGAAUGGUGAAGAUAGGAGAAAUAUAUUUUCAAGUCAUUGUCAUGGAAGGACAAUGGAAGAUAAAGAAAAAAUUAAGGACAAUUUAAUACUACCUCCAAUAAUAAAUAAUAAGGAAUUUAGAUCUAUAUCUGCAACACCAAGAAAACCUGUUAAAUCCAAUUAUUUUGAAAGAAAUACUUUUAAUUAUUUAACUAACUCUCAUAAAAGAAAAUCACAUUUACAUUUUUGA